CUCCUGCUUCCGCCAUUUGCUGUGGUCUGGUCGUGCGUCUGAUGCAGUCAACGAACCGGGACAGGAUCUUCUUACAUUAUACAACUUUUAAAUGUUUUUAAAAACGGAAACUGGUAAUUAACACCGCAUAUUCUGUUAAAACAAUAUAUAUAUAGUUGUUACAUUGUAGUGUUACAAUAUGAAAGAAUAAUCCGGCUAACGCAAAACAGGCCGUCAAUUUAGUUAGCGUUAGCUAACGUUAACGCUCACAAUAAGGUUGCGAGAAAUUGGUGGUUUAGGUAGGCCUCUGCUAUGUAACGUAGCAUAAGCUAAACUAACUCUAAACUAAAUGAGCGCAAUGUAUCACUUAUUAGCUAGGUUGAUAAUACAAUCCAGUCACGAUAUUGUUUGUGUAGUUACAUUAUUCGGUCUAUUCCUGUAUCCAACGUUAUCUAAUAUUUGCCGAUCUCCGUUCAGUAGCGGUAGUGUCUUUCAACACUGCGGGGAAUCGCUUCGUAGUUCGUUCCAGCUAACUUUGGGCUACUUUUUAUUAUUCUACAGUAAGUAUCUGAUUGUUUUCUUGACUGUCUUGGGUUUUAGGAUUUGACUAUACAUACCUCGAACCAACACUGAAGGUGACCUGUCACAUACGCUGCUAUUUGGCGGUUCUAGUUAACGUUAGCUGUCUCCGAUCUUUUUGCCCGUGGCCUGUAACGUUAGAUUAACCUGUUUUGGUUUGUGGCUCCAGAAGAAGAACAUUUUGUACCGUUACUUGUUAAGCAACUUUAGUACCUUUAUUUUGUGAAUCCAUAUUUCUUUCCCGUUAUUUCAGUGGAAGUGACAUCUUAAGUGUCUUUAGAGUGCAUUUUUCCUGUUCCUUAAGAUGGAAGCCAGAGUUGUACUUCAGGCUGAUCAUAAGUGUCGAACCAAGGCCUCCGUGUUUAGGAAAGAUAAACAAUCCAGGUCUAGACUUUCCAAAUUGGCAAAGUUAAUGUUAGCUGUUACUUAUUCUGUAUUAGAUACUUGAAAUAUAUAACCAUGGAUAGAUAGUGAAAAGACAAAGUGUCUGUCCUCUGACCUGGACCCCUGUUAACACUAACUCAGAAGUCAUGAUAGAGAGCAUAACUCUGACUAUACUGUACCUGUGGAACUGUCCAACUGUCGUCUCUGUAUUUGUGUACAACUGUCUGUCUCUUAAUAACACAUUUUCAGUUCCCUGGGGAGUGUUUUUGAUUGAUUUGUAGGUUUAAAACCAUCCACAUGGCCCUUUGUGGGGAUCCCUGGAUAUGGAUAGCUUGCCCCUCAUGAGAGUGGCAGAAGAUUUUUUUCCUCUUUUCAGCACUGGCUGAAAAUCUCUAGAGGCUUGAAUAUCCAGCCCAUAUUUUUUUUCUACUGCCUUCGCCCAAAUGUUCCCAGGUGUGCACAAUUUCAAGUCCAAGAAGAAGCUGAGGAUUGUUUUUCCACCUACCAUCCGUCCCCUUUUUGCCACAUCAAUUCUAGCAUUUUUGGAUCCAUUUUUGGGGGAUUUUCUGGCCGUUUAUGCCCCCCAUCUUAUUUCAUUAGUCUCACCAAUUAAUAAAAAAAAAUAAAAAAUUCUCCAAAGGACUCAUGCAUUCACCAUCAGUAAUGUUUAGCAGUCUGGCGGAGAUAAAGAUGUCUCAGAGUCUGAGAAAAGGGAUGUCGUAGGAAGACAAGUGUCUCUGGGCGACCCACUCCCCUUUUCCUCUUAUCUUACGGAUCAAGUGUUCCUUCAGGACUCCAUACCACCACGGAGACACCCUACCAGCAGUGCACUCAAGAGGGAGACAACUUCUUACCCACCUCAGAGAACCAGCUGCUGCGUUAAAGGUCAUAACCUCAUCACCUCUGCCACUCAAGACGCAGACCAGCAUUACUAUGACCAACCAUGGAGACGACUGCUACUUCUUUUACUAUUCCACCUGCACUAAAGGAGACGGCUGCCCAUUCAGACACUGUGAGGCUGCUAUGGGAAGUGAGAUUGUCUGCAACCUCUGGCAGGAGGGACGCUGCUUCCGCACCGUCUGCAAGUUUCGCCACAUGGAGAUCACGAAAAACCGUAAGGAGAUAUGUUGUUUCUGGGAGAACCAGCCAGCCGGCUGCCAGAAGCCUCACUGUGCCUUCUUCCACGAAAGGCCCCGCUGCAUCGAUGGCGUCUUUGUCCCACCUGAUAAAAGUCUAAGCAAAACUGAGGAACAGCCACAUGAGGAACCAGCUCCCCCGCCCGCUGUCCCACUCCCCACUGCAGCCAAUCCACAGCUCAGAAGCGUCAUAAAGACAGAAACUCAGGAGCCCGUACCGAGUCCCACCCACCCACCAGUGGUGAUUAAUCCGGCAGAUGAUGACGAGGAUGAAGAUGACCAGUUCUCAGAGGAGGGAGAGGAUGGAAAGGUCGGGCCUUCUCCUAGGAAACUACUCAAAUCAGACGACUCGCUGAGCUUUGGAGUGAGCACCCUGGAGGAGAUUCGGCUGAGGAAGGCCCUGAAGGCCAGCAUGAAGAGAGCUGGUUACCCCAUCCAGAGUCCGGAUACCUCGGCCAAUGGCGAGAAGGAAAACAUCCGGUCAAUGUUUCGACCAACCUUCUACGAGGCGGGAGAUGACUCACUCAUCUUUGAAGAAAGUGGGAGACGAAGAGGCAGUGUGGCUGAAAGACUUGGAAGGAAGAUGCCCAACACUGAUGUGAAAUUUGGAGAAGGAGUUCCACUAAGAAGGGGCCUGGCUGGGCGUCUGGGCACAUUUGGGGAUGAGGAAGAGCCCUUCCUGCCACCUCACAAAGCUUUGAAGCCUAUUAAGGACAGACUUGGAUUGGCUGUGUCUGUUGCUUCCAUUCAAUCAGCUGAGUACGACAGGGAGUCAAAGAAAACUCCUGAGCAGAUUCGCAUUAAAACACUGGAGGAGAUCAGACAGGAGAAGGCUGCAAAGUCUCAAUCCCAGAGCCAGAAAGAAAAUCCUUCAGACGUGGCUCUCGAAAUCAAGAGAGCCAAAACCACCAAGGGUGUCAAGCGAGCCAUCAGCAUCAGAGACGGCUCCGUUAGCAACGUCAAGACGUUCUCAGAGGUCCUUCGUGCCAAGAAGAAAAGGCAGGAGGAACAGGAUCACGACUCCAAGAAGAGCCAGGCAGAGUCUAACCCAGCGGCUCCUGAUCCCGAAGCUGCAAACGUGGGGCAGCUUAGAGUUAAGACUCUGGAGGAGAUCCGCAUGGAGAAGGCAGCGAAGCUCCAGACUCGGCAGACCCUGGGGGCUGAAAACAAGAAGAGCUCUGACACUGAGGAGAACGGCGCUAAGAAGCCUCGCCUGCUGCGCAUCAAGGAACUGGAUUCCCAAAGCAACGUCACAACAGAGAAGAGUGCUGAAGUGACAGAGAAGCCUGUGAAAACUCCUCCUGCUUCUCCUGAGACCAGUGCUGCCACCAGUAACAACGUCAAGGUCAAGACCUUUGAGGAGAUCAUGCGGGAGAAACGCCUCCGCAAGCAGGAAAUGGAGGAGCAGGCCAAAGACUCUGCAGAAGCAGAGCCUGCUCAGAAACACACCGAUGAAGGAACCCUGAAGAGGAAGGUUCCUGCCAAAGUCGGUCUGACGAGCCCAGGCUCUUCAUCCCCUUCCUCCACCACUGUGGCCCCUGACUCUACCCUUUCCACCCAAAAGCUCCCCGUUGGUAAACCGACCCCCCUCAAAACCAAGGCUGCUUCCCCUCUGAACAGCACUACUCUUGGUGCUAGAGCUGCUGCCAUCAAAGCUGCCACCUCAGUCCCCGUGAAGCAGAGCUCUCCUCCACUGGAGGCCGAUUCCGACUCACAGAGCCCCAGCCGCUCCAGGGAGGUCCCGGACAAAAACACAAGGAGUUCUACUGCACUGUCACCAGCCAAGCAGGACAGAGUAGCGCCCCAGGGCCAUGCUGCAAAGGCUCUCACUUCUGAUAAGACACAGAACAAUAAUCAAAAGAAAUCCCCAGAGCACAUUGCAGACACCAAAGUGAGGCCCAAGCUGAACGUGAAGCCGUCUGUCAUGAAGCCUGCGGUGCAGGUGAAGCCAGGUCAGAAGAGGAGGGGAGCAGAGCGCUCUGCUGUCGCUGCAGUCAAACCUCUGAGCAGCACCUCCACAGUGCUGGAGGAGCAGGAGACGGCGUGCAGAGACAGACAGGAGUUCCCGUCCUCCAAUGCAGAGGCUCAGCUGAGCUCUGCUGUUCCCAGAAGUCCCAGCACCCUGUUAGACUCAGGCUCUGGCUGCAGCCCACUGAGAGAGGACCUCCAGACCGUCCCCGUCUUCAAACAGAGUCUGAACCAAGACCCCAAGCAGACUUCUAAUGUUGCUGCUGCCAGCGAGGCCUGUACAGUCCCCCAAAGCCCAGUCCUGAAGACUCAGACCAAGUCCCGCAGACUAAGUGUAGCCACGUCCCGCACGGCCUCCACCUCCAGCGCUGCUGCCUCCACCUCGGCCAUGGACGACUUUGAGGAGCUUAUCAACGAGUUCACCGAGGACCACCUGGAGGAAGACGUGGACCCUGGCAUCGGAGAGGACGACCUGCUGCAGGAACUGUCCGAGAUGAUUGACAGCUGAGGGUCCCAUUUAGCACAGUCUACUCUCUGCCCGAACUACUCGCCCUCAACCUUUUCUUAUUCACAAGAAGUGAAGACCAUCUCCCAUUAUAGAACAUAAACAAAUAUAUAUUUUAAUCUUUUGGUUAAUAUUUGUUUUACACCUUUUAGACGGCUCUCCUUUCUCAUUUGCUGCUCAUAUGAUCAUCUGCUCAACCCGACAGUUCUUCUACAGGGCUGAGAUUAUUCUUUUAUCAUGUUUUAUUUUUUCCUGAUCAUUGUCAAACUGUUGAACAUCGUCCCGUUAGCAGGAUUCCUUGCAGAUAUUGACUCUUGAUGAAUGUGUUGUUUUUAGAGAGAAGUCCUUUCUGUAUACUGUGUAUGCAAAGGGAAGCGCAAGCUGAGAACAGAAAUACUGAAUCCUGCUGCACUUACAGGGCCUGCAGUGCCCCACAAUUGCUAGUGUUUUUGUUUGUCUAUGUCUGUAGUGGUUUACCACUGCUGUUGCCCAGCUAGUUCCCAGAUUAUGUCGACGCAGUCAUCCAAACUCUGGUCAGAGCCAGAGGUUACUGUCGGGAUCGCUCUAUUCAUCAGGUGUACGGGGCUUCUAGAUUUCCCUCUCAGAUCUCAUAGAGUCUUCUGCCAGUUGCUGUUCUUUACCCUUUUUUAUAAUGUUUGAACCAAAUGUACUUGCUUUUAUUUUUUUUAACCAGUUUUCAGUGUGUGAGUGCUCUCUGGGCUUUGAUAAUGAACACCUCAGGUACCGUUUCUGAUGUGAUUGACAAACACUGUGUUUGAACUCCACACUGCUGUCUUUGGUUGUCUUGUUCUCUUGUGUGUUAGCAUUGGUUUAUGAAUGUGAUCUGAGAAAAAUCUUCUUGUUUUUUGGACAUGUUGGCUCUGUCCUGACCUUUUCCCACAAGCUUACUGUUCAAAGUCACUUGUACAUAUUACUGUGUAAUAAAAAGUGCUUUUAAUGAG